AUGUGUGCCUCUGAUGACAUCAAAGACACCAUCGUCGACCUCAUCAUGAUGAGCGACUACCGAUCUAUUGACCUCGACGAAGAGCCUUGCGUUUUUCCUGACUGCGGUCAUUUCUUGACAUACUCCACCAUGGAUGGGCAGAUGAGACUUCAAGACGUUUACGACAUAUCCCCGGACGGUGUCCCAGUUGCUGUCAAAGGCGGCUCACAACCCUUCGAUCUGUCAGAGACGAUCAGCGUGUGCCCCAAUUGCAGGGGUUCCUUGCGGAACAUCUCUCGCUAUGGCAGGAUCGUCCGUCGAGGCCUCCUCGAUGAGUCGACAAAGAAGUUCAUCAGCUGGUCCAACAGCCAGUGGCAAAGGCUCUCGGAGGCCUUCUUUAGUGCCCAGGAUGCUCUGCAAGACACAGAAAAAGGGGCUUUUGUGUUUCCCGUUCAAAAGCUGGAAGGAUACAACCUGGAAGGAGCCCGUCACGAACAAAUAGCCCACCUUCUCAAGAUUACUGGCGGUAGCCGCCACAAGGCAAUGAGAAGAGUCCGCAAUCAGAUUGUCAACUUCCUUGGACGGGUCAAGAAAGACGAACAGCCCUACCAACGCGUGGCCCAUCUCGUCUGGCACGUCAACCGUCGCCGGCAAAGGGACACAACCAGCUUCUCCUUCGAUGAGUCUGCUAUUCAGAUGAGAAGCUACCUCCAGGCAAUGACACUGCUUCUACGGUGCGACCUCCUCCUCGUAUCUGACUUUGUGAGUCUUUGCCGCAACUCCAUCAAUAGCGCCGUCAAGUCGGUGAAGGUCGAUGUAUCCACAUACAUCAAAGACUGCAAAGAGCUCAUUCACAUCGCCCACAUCCGGAACUACGCUAGACAGGAGGUAGAAGGUCACAUAUUUGUGGGCAUGUUUUGCUCCUUUGUCACGCCGCCGAGCGAGGAGCCGGCAACAGCAGCGAUGGAGAACGGGCCGCAGCCAACAGCUGGAGAUCUAUCCAGCAGAUCCCACGAGCGGAUGAAAGAGCUCGGCUUGCAUCAUUUGAGUGUCGCCAAGGAACUGAUGGAGAAGCAUCCUUCGACGGCCGUUCUCGAAAGCGAGUACGACACGGCAUGGCGCAUGCUCCACGACGGCAUCUUCUACAGCGAGGUCUCCAGCGACGAGAUGCGUAGUGUCUACCAGGCUAUGUCGAAGGAGUUCUUAGGGACUGGUCACUGGUACACCUGCCGCAACGGCCAUCCCUUUACAAUUGGAGAAUGCGGCAUGGCAAUGGAGGCAACGAGAUGCCCAGAAUGUGGAGAGGCUGUGGGUGGGAGAAAUCAUCAAUCAGCAGAGGGCGUUCGGCACGCGCGAGACAUCGAGGCGCUCGGUUCUGGCAUUUCUGGCAUGCGAAUCUAG